AUGUCUGCUGCUGAUGACGACGACGACGACUAUCUCUCUGAUAAAUUUCUACUAAAUCAGCCCAGCACAUCCACUAAACCUACCACUUAUUCGCAAAUUAGGAAAGAAGCACAGAAAAAGGCAUUUCUCAAGAAUGAACAAAACAGGAUUAAAGGUAGACGGCAACGUGAGAUCGAAUCUCGGGAAGAAGGCCUCAGCAAGAGUCUCUUUGAGCGUGCAAAGGAGGAGGAGGCCGCCGGUAUAGGCUCUGGCAACAAGGCGUUGUCUAUCAUGAUGAAGAUGGGUUUUAAGCCAGGACAAUCCCUUGGUAACGCAGGUCAUCAGACGGCCCAGGAAACACCCCGAGAGAACUCGCCCACAGCUGGUGGUUCAGAAGAUAAUGAUGAUGUUGAUGUCGUACCUAAAGCUAGCAACGAACGAGUUUCGGGUGCACAGAAUGAUGAUACUAGCACAGACGAUCUUGAUCGCUCUCAUAAUGCGGUCGUCGUCGUCGCCACACCACAUACGACGCACAAGGUGGAGCCGUUGCCUCUGCAGGAAUGGGCAGGUAGGAAAGGUAUUGGUCUAGGCAAACGGGCACGUUCUCCCAGUGCCGCGGAACGCCUGGCUAAAAUGGCUAAAAUGGCUGAAGACAUGGAGCAUCGCGACUUCCGCGGUCGCGCGAGAGACGAAUACAAGAACCGUCAGGCCGAAGGUAGACUAGCCCCCGCACAACUUACUUGCACCACUCUUGACGAGCAAAUGGGGAAAUCGUUUAAUGUGUUAUGGUUGAAUCCGAAUAACGAAGCUACGUUCCCUGUCGGUCUCAUCGAUGCUUUAGCUGCACAUCAUACCGCUGUCCUAGUACGCCAAAAAGCGGAAUCCAUCCAGGAGCGCCUCAGAAAGCAAAUGCAAGCGGACGCUCUUCAGCCUAUCAAGGCAGAUGACGAUCUUUUGGGGGGUUCUUCAGAAGAGAUGAAGUCAUCGGGCUUUGCAGAGGAUCAAUUCUCCCCUGAGCUUCUGGAAGAAGCCACUCAAUUUUUGCGUCUCCAGGCACAGGAUCGUCUUCACCUGGUGCUGUCGUAUCUCCGCGAUAAGCAUUUCUACUGCUUUUGGUGCGGUAUCAAAUUUGACACGGAGGAGGAAAUGCACAAUCAAUGCCCUGGCCCAGAGGAGGACGAUCACGAUUAA